CUCUUGGAUCCGGGAUCCUCUUCACCUACCCUCAGAUUGCCACUAUUGCUGGUGUGCAAGGCCUAGUAGUGUAUGCUCUGUCUUCCUCGCUGCCGCUUUUGGUAUUCGGGUUGCUGGGUCCGAUCAUCAGACGCAAAUGUCCAGAAGGAUUUGUCCUCACAGAGUGGACUCGCCAGCGAUAUGGAGCUGUCGGUGGCUUAUUCCUCAGCAUCUGCACUCUUAUCACCAUCUUCUUGUAUAUGGUCGCAGAGCUCUCGGCUCUUCAACAGAUCGUCAAUGUUUUGACCGGCCUCAAUGGAUUACCUGCUGUAAUUGUACAGUGUACAAUCACAACCAUCUAUACAUCGCUCGGAGGUUUCAAGGUUUCUUUCGUUACCGACAACAUUCAGGGGGCCAUGGUGAUUGGCCUUAUCAUCAUGGGUGUCAUCUCAGUUGGUGUGGAGACAAGCGUCGACCGUUCUCUGAUCGACCAAUCUGGAUUUCUGGAGCCCAGUCUAUUAGGCUGGCAGCUGAUUUAUAUCUUACCUGUCGCCAUUUUGACAAACGACUUCUUUCUCUCCGGUUUCUGGAUGCGUACCUUCGCCGCGCGUACUGACAAGGAUCUAUGGAUCGGAGUCAGUUUAGCAAGCUUCUUCGUCUGCAUCAUUUUGAUCCUAGUAGGAGUGGGAGGGCUUCUCGCUGCAUGGUCUGGUGCCUGGCCUUUGGAUGAUGCAGAGAAUGGUUACCUCUCCUUUUUCCUCCUUCUUGGGCAGCUACCAGCAUGGGUUGUGGGGGUGGUUCUCGUUAUGGUCAUCUCGCUUUCAACUGCCGCCUUCGAUAGUCUCCAGUGCGCCAUCAUCUCGACUGGAAGUAACGAUCUUUUCCGGAACAAACUCAAUAUUUGGGUCAUUCGUGGUCUUGUCGUCGUCUUGAUCGUGCCAGUCGUUAUCGUCGCACUCAAGAGCCCCGACAUUCUUCAAAUAUUCCUCAUCAGCGACCUGGUUAGCGCUUCGGUCGUACCGUGUUUGGUCAUAGGAUUGUCGGAUCGAUUCUAUUGGUGGCGCGGCUUCGAUUUUGUUGUUGGGGGACUUGGGGGGAUAUUCACCAUUUUUCUCUUUGGUCUCGUCUACUACAAUGGCGAUGCCAAUCUAGCUGGAAAGUUGAUACUACUCGAGAAUGGACUGUACGCUGAAGACUGGAGCGCCUUUGGUGCUUUUGUAGCGGCUCCCAUCGGCGGCUUGAUGUGGGGAUUCGGUGCUUGUGGUGUUCGUUUAGCUACCCUUUUCAUUCUCUCGAGGGUCAAUGGUCAUCGGUUCGAUGCUCUCGAUCGGCCCAUCCCCCACACCCAGUCAAUCGAGUCUUCCGAUGAUAGAGAGGUCGAAGGAGUGCUCGAACAAACGAGUGGCGGAAAGGCUGGGAAAUUCUUUUAA